UAGACCCUAGUCCUAGAUAGAUAAUAAACAUUAAACAUAGACCACUUUCCGAGACUUUCAACAUAAACAUUAGAUUAGAUCUAGAUAUAUUCUAUAUCUUUCUAGAUCUAGAAGUCUAAUAAUUAGAUCUAUAUAUCUAUGAAUCUGGAUUAUACUUAGGAUUAAUUUACCAUUACUUUAUAUAUUUUAGAUCAAAAUCAAGAUCUAGAUCUAGAAAUUUAUGUAUGUAUGUUAGUAGAAUCCUACCUAGAUAUUGGCUAGAUCUAAAAUCUAGGUUAGAUUUAUUAUUUUAUUUUAAUCUAUUAUUCAACAAAUGAGACAUGAACGGAAAAGAUGAAACUUGAUAACAAUUUCUUUGUUGUCUUUAAAAGGAUACACUUUUGUUUUUUUGGCAUUUAUAAUCUUGAUUGGCCAUAAGAUGCGGAGUGAGAUUCUAUAUUGUACAACUUUGUUUCUCCUUUUGGCAUGUCACCUUCAAGGGAGUUUUGGUGCCAAAAACAUCAGUGCAACUCCUGCCAAUCAGAGCAUUGAUAUAACUACCAUCUUGGUCCACUCUCAUCCUAAAAAGUUUACAUUCAAAUUAGAUGACAAAGAAAAUGGAGAGAUUAACUUUCACAGCCAUGAAUAUCCCAAAGAAGAGGACCGCACUGAUGUAAAAGUAAAAACAGAGUUGAAAUUGUUACAGAAUGCUGAUAAUCAGAGCUUUCUCAACUAUUCCACCACUAUUAAUUCACUAGAAGCUCCAUCCAACCAUACCUCAUCUUCUUCCCCCUAUUUAGAUCAUGCUUCUAAGCCCACUAUUGAUUCUCGCUUGCUAGUGAAUGACACUAAGGUGAAAAAGGGAUUUAAAAAGGAUAAGACUGAUGCUUUCCUAUUUGAUGAUUUAAAACUGACCAAUACUAGAAAAUAUGAACAUAUGCAAAUGUGCAAUAGCAGCUUCCCAGGCCAGACAGAAAGGCUUGACAUAGAGUUUGCUAGCUCCAUUGUGGAUAAUGAGUACAUCGUCACCUUCAAUGGCUACUACAAGACUCAAGCCAGGAAACGUUUUAUCACUGCUGCCAUGCAGGAGGCUGGAAUCACAUCUUGGAAGAUUCUACCUAGAAUCAACCCAGCUAAUACCUAUCCCAGUGACUUUGAUGUCAUCCAGUUUCAUGGUCAGUCUGACCAGGCUGUGGAAGCAGCACUUAAAGAUCACCCACUUAUCAAAAGGGUAACACCUCAUAAGAAAGUCACCCGCUCAUUGAAAUUUACCAAAGUAAAUGACAAUGAUGAACCAGAGGCUGAUGAUUCUGGAGCUCCCCACCAUAUAAACACUUUCAACUCUAGAAAUGCAGGCAGAAAAAGCUUGUCAACGCCUGCUAUGUGGCUCUCACCAUCCAAGUAUAAAUCUCGGAAACUGCUUCGAGCUGUUCCAAAACAAAUUGUCAGUGCACUGCAGGCAGAGAUGCUGUGGGGCUUGGGUUACACUGGUGCUGGGGUUAAGGUAGCCAUAUUUGAUACUGGGCUGGCCACUGACCAUCCCCAUUUUAAACGAGGAAGGUUAAAAGACAGAACCAACUGGACCAAUGAAAAGACCCUUGAUGAUGGUCUUGGUCAUGGGACAUUUGUUGCUGGUGUGAUAGCCAGUCAUAAAGAAUGCUUGGGUUUCGCACCAGAUGCUGACCUGUACGUCUUUAGAGUAUUCACUAAUAACCAGGUCUCAUAUACUUCCUGGUUUUUGGAUGCUUUCAACUAUGCAAUUCUGAAAAAGAUUGAUGUUCUGAACUUAAGUAUUGGUGGACCUGACUUCAUGGAUCAUCCAUUUGUUGAUAAGGUCUGGGAACUUACAGCCAAUAAAGUCAUAAUGGUGUCCGCUAUUGGAAAUGAUGGUCCAUUAUAUGGUACUUUGAACAAUCCAGCAGAUCAACUUGAUGUUAUUGGUGUAGGAGGCAUCAACUUUGAGCAUCAGAUCGCAAGGUUUUCUUCUAGAGGAAUGACCACUUGGGAACUACCCGCUGGCUAUGGCAGAGUUAAGCCAGACAUUGUCACAUAUGGAUCGGCUGUUCGUGGCUCAGCUCUCAAAACCAGCUGUCGGUCUCUAUCUGGUACAAGUGUUGCUUCCCCUGUGGUUGCAGGAGCAGUCACUCUACUCAUCAGUGCUGUCUUGGACAAAAAACACAUGAUCAACCCAGCCAGCAUGAAGCAGGCCCUGAUGUCUACUGCCCGGCGCCUGCCAGACGUGAACAUGUUUGAACAGGGGUAUGGUCGACUGGACUUGGCCCUGGCUCUCAGGACUCUGAAGAAUUACACUCCUCAGGCCAGCGCAAGUCCCAGCUACAUUGACCUUAUGGAAUCCCCUUAUAUGUGGCCCUACUGUACUCAGCCUGUCUACUACGGUGGCAUGCCUGUCAUUGUCAAUGUUACGAUUCUAAAUGGUAUGGGUGUCACUGGGAAAAUUCUGGACAAGCCCAAGUGGGAGCCCUACACACCAGAGUUUGGUCAUCACAUUGAUGUGUCCUUUUCUUACUCCGCUGACCUCUGGCCCUGGUCUGGAUACCUGGCCGUCUCCAUCACAGCUUCUAAGGAUGCAGCUACCUGGGAGGGUGUGGCCAAAGGUCAGAUCACACUGACAGUUGAAUCACCUCCAGAGGAUGAAGAAACAGAGGCAAGAAGAUCUACUAUUGUUAUUCCUGUUAGGGCGAAAAUUAUACCUACGCCCCCCAGAAGCAAGCGGAUUCUGUGGGACCAGUACCACAACCUGCGCUACCCGCCGGGGUAUUUCCCCAGAGAUAAUCUACGCAUGAAGAAUGACCCAUUAGACUGGAAUGGCGACCACAUCCACACUAACUUCAAAGACAUGUAUCAACACUUGAGAGAGAAAGGAUAUUAUGUGGAAGUUCUAGGUUCCCCCUUCACCUGUUUUGAUGCCACCCAGUAUGGCACGCUGCUUCUUGUAGACCCCGAAGAAGAAUACUUCAGCGAGGAGAUUAGCAAGCUGCGUCGAGACAUUGACAAUGGAUUGUCUCUCAUUGUGUUUGCCGACUGGUACAACGUCUCAGUUAUGAAGAAGGUCAAGUUCUAUGAUGAAAACACCAGACAAUGGUGGAUGCCUGACACUGGCGGGGCUAACAUCCCGGCCCUUAACGAACUGUUAGCACCUCUGGACAUGGCUUUCAGUGAUACAGUUUAUGAGGGAGACUUCAAGAUCGGAGAGCAUGACAUGUAUUACGCCUCUGGUACAAGUAUUCUCAAAUUCCCAGAGGAUGGCCUUCUGUUUACUGGAACCUUUAAGAAUCAAGGCUUUGAAGUGAUGAAAGCAAACACACUAACUGUCCCUGAUGUGCCAGUUCUUGGUCUUCACCAGGUCAGCUCCAGCCCCAGCGCUGGGCGUGUAGCUUUGUAUGGGGACUCCAAUUGUUUGGACUCCAGCCACUUACAGAAAGAUUGUUUCUGGAUGCUGAGUGCCAUGCUGGAGUAUACAGCUCACAACAUUGUCCCAGUGGUUCUCUCCUCUCUCAGCAAGGCCCCACUGCCUCCUGUCAUGGAGAUGCCCUCCAGAAUGGAAGGCAAUCACCUUCAUCGCUACUCUAAAGUCAUUGAGGGAAGCCUCAGCUCUUUUCAUUCUCGCCCACUGCCCCAGUGCCCAAGCCUCAUUUGGGCAAUGCCACAUCCUCUGAACAAGUCUGCACCAUCUGACAUCUACCAACCUCAGAGGUUGUUAUCCAUUGACAUCGACAUCCCUCUCAACCCAGCCAACCGUCCAGACUUAGGAUUCUCUGCUCUGAGAGAACAUAACACCCUCGACAUCCAGUCACCUAUAGCCAGCCCCUUGUUAAGCCAGGACAGGCUGACCUGGUUCCCGGUGAUUGCCUUCCUGGCCACAUGCCUGGUGGCCUUGUUUCUGUUCAACCAGUAUUAUAGGACUAAGUCCAGGCCAAAGAGGAAACGCCCCCGUCCCAGAAAAAUGGCAGCGAUCAGCUACGUGGGGAAAGUGCCAGGAGUGUAAAAAGAUAGUCAAAGGAAUCAAUGAAGUAAAGGUGUGAAUACAUACCAUUUGGUGCGAAAAUUGAUUCUUUAACCAUCCUAUGUUAGUGACAUGACUGUGGAGUAUUGUGGAAAGGAUUCAACGUUGAUUGACUUCAAGCUGUCACAUUAAGAAACUGACAGCAGAGAAAGAUGAGUCAGUUCACAGUUCAUUACAAAAAUUUUAUGACUGUGUAUCAUUGCAGCUAUAGUGUCGUCUGAUGUUGAUAAUAAUAAUUUAAAGUUUCAACUUGUUGUUUUCUUGCAUCGUCACAUAUGUUUUUCUUUUGGACACCAUGUUGGACUUGUCAUAAGACCUCUAACAGCUACACCAAAAUGUUUAACCCUGUGCUGGACACCUCAUAAUGAUUUUCACAGAGAUUUGAUCACAAAAUUGCAAUAUCAAAAGUUUAUCAAAUAUUUAUUUAUUUCAACGCAUAUGAAAUUGGAUGUUAUCGUUUGACAUAUGCAGGAGAAAUAUAAAUUGCCUUGUAAAUAAUAUAGUAUCACAAAAUGUUUGUCAUAUGUUAUUGUGAGGGGGGGGUCUCUUCAUGUUGCUAUGUAGAUCAAGUAGAUGUUUUAGGGUCUGUUAUAUUUACUUUGCACUUGGUAAAUAGAAGUGGGCUUUAUGGUUUCUAUUAGUAAAUAGGUAGGUUCCAUAACAUAAUGCAAGCCAUUAAAUCUGAUUGCACCUAUUCUGUAAAUGAAAUGGAUGCUUUAGGAUCUGUUACAUUUACUUUGCACUAGGUAAAUUAAAGUGGGAUUUAUGGUUUCUAUUAUAUCCUAGAUAGUAAAUAGGUAGGUUCCAUAACAUACUGUAAGCUGUUUAAUCUGAUUGCACCCAUUGCUGCCUGUGGUCAAGGAUUAUGAGACAGGAGUGUGUUUCGACAACAAUCAACCUAUGUUUACUAAACUGUCAGAUACAUGCUUAAUCAUUUUGGACUCUUGGUUUUCUGAAUUGCUAAAUACAAUGAAUCAGUACUAUUUACACGCCUGACAUGACAAGAAGAACAGGAUUGUGUAAAGUAAUAUUUUUUUAACAAACCUUUGAAAACAAAAUACGUUUACAUUAUAAGAACACUGAAGCUAAAAAGAUCUAUCUAUGACCUGUCACUGUAGUACCAUAUUAAAAAUUAAAAGUUUUUUGUUUUUUUUAAAGCUAGGAAAUUGUUUAUGUGUAGAUUUAGCUCCCUUGACAUUGAGUAGAUGUAUCUCCAAUUUGAGUGGGAGAGCUGAUAUAUGUACCAAAUUAAACAUUUUAAAGUUGUUUUGUUAUUUUUUCUUCUUAAAUCAAAAUCCAUUGACACUGUGUAGAUUUAACUUCCUUGACAUGGAGAGGGUGAUCUGAUAGAUGUCACUCACUGUCACCAAUGUAAAUCUACAUAUGGUUUUGUUUUAGGAUAUAUUGUUGGCCACCAAAGUCUGAUACUGGUUUAUUAGAUCAGGAUUAUAAAACUGAGUUGUCAACCCAUUGCUCUACUGGAAGAAUGUCUCAUGAGUGUUAAGAAUUACUAUGUUUUAUUUUCAGAUCUGACUGUAUCUAGUCCACAUUUGUUUCUACAUCCCUGUACGCAACCAUUUGUUUCUCCUUCUUCACUUUAAUCAUUAGCUAUAUUACUCAAAAAUUCUUAUUAGUUUUAUCGGUGUCAGAUAUUUGCAUUUUUUAAAAUCAGCUGCUUAGAUUAAAAGAGUUGUCAUUGUCUUUUACAAAACUUAUGAAUGUUUUUUUUUUUUUUUUGUUAUCAGCUGUUCAAUACAUAACUUACAUUUUUUAUUUUAGGAAUAAGUUUUGUUGUCAUGUGUUGCUCUGUUUUUGUGUUACAGUUUGUAGGUUUGUUGUUUUCACCAUUUUUGUGUUUUUAACUUUGGCAUUAAUCCAGUAAAACUUUUUUUUGUCUUUUACAGAGGAAUACAUUUUAUUACAUAUGUAUUAAAUCCUGCACCUAUUUUUAUUUUUUAGCUGAUUGACGUUGAUUAGAUGACAAUUGUCUGAUGAACAAUAAUCAUAUGAAAUUAUUACCUUUUUUUUUUUCUCAGUUUCAGUGCCACGAUAUGUGUUGAACAUUCAGUCACAUAAUUUAUUACUAUAUAUAUAAAUUUAAGUUAUAUAUACAUAUAUAUAUAUAUAUAUACAGUAAAGAUCAUCUGUUUCUGUGGCCUACUUUUAACGAGGGUGUCAUGGGGCCAUCACAAUGACCAACCAUCUUUACUUUCCCCCAACUAAUGUCUGGUACCCAUUAGAGCUUGGUGGACUCAGAGGCACCCGAAAUUAAAAAUCCCAGUCUUCAAUUCCUUGACUCUAUGAUUCGAAAGCCAAGCGCUUUACCACUCAGCCACCACGCCACACAUACAUAUAUAUGUAGCAAGUUGGAAUAAUAUGUUCCUUUUUUUAUCUUUUAUCGUGUGAUUUUACUCCCCAAGGCAUUCGAAUGAUCCCACAUUUGAUCUUUAUAUCCAUUUACCAUGUAUUGUAUGUAGUGUACAUAAUAACUAACUCAUUGACCUGAAAUGUUGCACUGACCUAGAAUUUUAUGGAAGCCAAAACUAGAUUUAGUUCUUGCCUCUAUGAUCUUGACCUUGUCAUACUGUGCACCCACCACUCUUCUAGUUGUGCUGUAUAUCAUCCUGUGUGUAAUUGUGUCACGCUACAGCAAAGCAUGAGUCUUAAUAGAACUCAAAAUCUUUUUGUUUGGACUAGUUUUUCCAUCUAUCUCUAUAUCUUUAUAAGGCUUGUCUUCGAGUUAGAUGAUUACUGGAUAAAUUGCAUUGUUUCACCUUGCUUCUCAGUCUUUGCUGAUGACAUUUUUAAAAUAGCCAUUCAAGGGCCUUAACUACUAAAGAAAAUAUAUUUUUAUCACAAAGUGUAGAUAAUUUUUAUUAUUUUAUGUGCAGAUGCAGUGCUGAUCAAACUAGUUUUUUUUUCUUUUAAAUUUUGCGGGACGAUUUUUAAUAUUCACUUGGGUCUAUCAGAUUAAUCUAAAAAUAUGCUUUGAUAAUUUCAGAUGUAAUAACUUAAUUAUCAGCCUUAUUGAUUAGUAGAAGAGGAGUAUCCCUCUGUCAUAUAUUAUCAAUAUGUCAUGAUGCAUUUCAUAGGCAUGUUUGUUUCUUUACUCUCUCUAAUGUCAUAAAAGUGUUAUAGAAUUAUAUUUCAAUGUCAUUAUAUUUUAUUACACUUAGUCACUCCAUUAAGAAGUCAACAUCUAGCUAACAAUUUACAUUCAAUUACUUUCAGAAACUGGUCAAAUAGAAACAUUAUAAUUAUGAUACUCCAUUCAUGAACUUAUGAAAAAUUUGUUAGCAGAAUUUCUUCAGGAGUGAUAGACCGUCACAUAGGGAAAGACCUGCCUUAUAACAGACUAUAGAUUAUUUAUUUGUUUGUUAUUGACAUAUAGUUCUGAGAGAUUCCUUUUUUAUUGUAUUUAACUGUGUAUUGCACUUUUUUUUUUUAUAAUGGGUUCAAGAAAUGGAAAGGAAAUAAAGAAGUCAACAUAAA